AUGCCACUGGAAGGGUCCACCGCUGGUGCAGAUCGGCAGCCGUCGCCUUCACCGAUACCGACAGACGGAGGUCCCGAUCAGCUGUUCGACACGGCCGAGACGGCGACAACGACGAACGCAACGAUCGGGGACACCGCGUCCUUAUCGGUGGUGUUUGACGAGCCCGAUCGUGCACCAGUAUUGGCGGCCAGUUCCGCGGCCGCCGCUGAUCCGUCCGAUUUCUCGGCCACUAACGGCGGUGCGAAAGUGAACGGCGACGCGGCACUACCACCAGCGCCACCGUCGCCACCGGCAGUACAGAUCAAAAAGGCAGCGCGUAAGUCUAAACAAUCGAACUACAACCACCAUCACCACCAUUACACGCCCCGGUACGAUCUGGAGCAAGAGCAAGACCAUCCUGACGGUGUAUCCACUCUAGCCGAGCUGCUGCACGAGUCGCGCCUUCAGGCAUCCGUCCACGACAUUUUGAACGAUGGCGAAGAGGACCAGAUGUUCAUCACCGGAUACGCGAGCUGCCGGCGCAAAACGUUCCUGUGUUACGUCGCAAUCGUGCUUACUUUCGGCAUCCUGCGGCUGGUGAUGCACUGGCGGCGCCACUGGCUGCUGCUGGCCACGCACCGAGAGUGUUCGCUCGAGUGCGCCGAGAAGGUGCUGAUUCACGAAGCCUACCAACGGAAGCACGAUCUGUACUACGUGAAGGACAUCAUUACGCUCAGUGGAGACGCUAUUAGCGACAUUACCAGCAGCGGAAAGAAGCCUUCAACGACCAAUGCACGCAAUGUCGUGAAGGAAUUGGCACAAAACGGGAUCACCGAUCCGAUCGGCUUCUUUCGCACACUCGCACCGUUCCAGGUGGCGUACCAUCGAAGCGGUGGCCGGUUCGAGCACACGAACACGAUGCGCUACUUUUGCUGCAAGAAGCUGCGCUACAUCUGGUGCGACGAGAGCAAGAAGUUUGUGAAGCUGCACGGACUGGACGUGGAGGUGCCGAGCGCGGCGAUUCACCACGCAAAGGGUCUGUCGGUGUACGAGCAGAACAUCCGGCGGCUGGUUUACGGCAGCAACGAGAUCUUCAUCCCGCUGCGGGGCGUUCUGACGCUUCUCUUCCUAGAGGUGCUUAACCCGUUCUACGUGUUUCAGAUCUUCUCGGUGGUGCUGUGGUUCUGCUACGAGUACUACUACUAUGCGGUCGUAAUCAUUCUGAUGAGUGCCUUCGGCAUAACUGUGUCGAUCAUACAGACGCAACGAAACCAGCGUGCCCUCUACUCGACGGUCAAGAGCAACGACACGGCGAUGGUGGUGCGUGACAGCAUGGAAUCGGAACCGAUCGAGACGCGAUUCCUGGUGCCUGGGGACGUCCUAGAGAUACCGGCCACCGGCUGCACCAUGCACUGCGAUGCGGUCCUACUGUCCGGCAACUGCAUACUGGACGAGUCGAUGCUGACGGGCGAAAGUGUGCCGGUGACGAAGACCCCGUUGCCGCUGAAGCGUGAGUUGAUCUACAACCGGAAGGAGCACGCCCGCCAUACGCUCUUCUGCGGAACGCGCGUCAUUCAGACGCGCUACAUCGGCAGUGAAAAGGUGCUGGUGAAGGUGCUAAACACGGGCAACAUUACGGCGAAGGGUGGCCUAAUCCGGUCGAUUCUCUACCCCCCGCCGGUUGACUACAAGUUCGAGAAGGAUUCGUACAAGUUCAUCACCGUGCUGGGCAUCGUCGCUUUCUGUGGCUUCGUGUACACGCUGUAUACGAAAAUUAGCCGCAGUGUCGGGGUGGUUAAAAUUAUCGUGGAGUCGCUCGAUCUGAUUACGAUCGCCGUUCCGCCGGCACUGCCGGCUGCAAUGACCGUGGGGCGGAUGUACGCCCAGAAGCGGCUCAAGCGCAGCAACAUCUACUGCAUUUCCCCGCGAGCGAUCAACGUUUCCGGCAGCAUCGAUUGCGUGUGCUUCGACAAGACGGGCACGCUGACGGAGGACGGGCUGGAUAUGUGGGGCGUGCUGCCAAAAGAUGCCACCAACAGCUUCCAGAUGCCGCUGAAGCAGAUCGGACGGCUACCGAUGACCGACCACCUGUUGUUCGGGAUGGUGACGUGCCACUCGAUCACCUUCGUGAACGGCGAGAUGCGCGGCGAUCCGCUGGAUUUGAAGAUCUUCGAAUCGACGGGCUGGAUUCUGGAGGAGGCGAACGUGUCGGAUGAGACGAAGUACGACAUGCUGUUUCCGACGAUCGUGAAACCACCGCGCGGUGACUCGCGGGAUGAUCUUAAUCUCGAGCUGGACGUGGCGUACGACAAUUCGAACGACAUUGGCAUCGUGCGGGAGUUUUCCUUCACGAGCGCCCUGCAACGGAUGUCGGUCAUCACGCGCAAGGUGUCGGACAAUCACUUCAACGUGUACGUCAAGGGUUCACCGGAAAUGAUCAACUCGUUGUGCAAGGCUGAAAGCAUUCCGGGAGAGUUUCAGGCCAAACUGGGCUUCUACGCUCAGCAGGGCUACCGGAUCAUUGCGAUUGCGUACAAGCAGCUCGACAAGAAGCUAAACUACCCGAAGGUGCAGAAGAUCGCGCGCGAAAAGGUCGAGUGUGAUCUGGAGUUUCUCGGCUUCGUCAUUCUGGAGAACCGCUUGAAGACGGACACGGAGGAGGUGAUCGAAAGUCUGAAUACGGCACGGAUCCGUUCGGUGAUGGUGACGGGAGACAACCUGCUUACGGCGGCAAGUGUCGCGCACGAUUGCGGAAUGGUACUGGACGGCCAGAGUUUGGUGACAGUUACGGCACACGCAGACAAAGGGCACCCGGAGCGAUACUUCCUAUCGUAUGACUUCUCAGGCCAGGCCCAGCUGACCCGCUCCGAUAUCAUAAACGAUAACGAUCGGGUAAUAGGCGGAGGAGAAGGAGAUGGAGAGAAGCUGAAGAACGGCGGCGGCAACUAUGCGCUGAUGACGGAAUCGAACAGCAUUAGCAGCUCGAUCGAUACUUGCACCAUCUCGACGCAGCUGAGCUCCUUCGAUAAGGACGUGCAUCGGAUCAGGAUCGAACCGGACGUUUGCAGCGUCUCGCCAAACGGGGCGCUCGAUGGAGGACGAGACGACUUGAUGAAGGCUGGCGGUGGUUCGUUCCGUUUUGCGUUGACCGGCAAAACGUGGGCCAUCAUCAACGAACAUUUCCAGGACUUGGUGCCCAUUAUCACGACAUACGGUACCGUAUUUGCGCGAAUGUCCCCGGAUCAGAAGCAACAUCUCGUUACGCACCUGCAAAGCCUCGGUUACUAUGUGGCCAUGUGCGGCGACGGUGCGAACGACUGUGGUGCACUGAAGGCGGCCCAUACGGGCAUUUCCCUUUCGGAAGCGGAAUCAUCCGUAGCGUCACCGUUUACGUCCAAAAAUCCAACCAUUGCCUGCGUACCGAAUGUGAUCAAGGAAGGCCGGGCGGCACUCGUCACGUCGUUCGGCAUCUUCAAGUUCAUGGCUGCCUAUUCGCUGGUGCAGUUCGCUUCCGUCGUUAUCCUGUACUCGAUCGAUUCCAAUCUGACCGACUGGGAGUAUCUCUAUAUUGAUCUGUUCAUCAUCUCCAUCGUGGCGUUUUUCUUUGGAAAAACGUCCUCAUACGAGGGCCCCCUAGUCAAGGAGACACCGUCGAAUUCGUUAAUCUCGCUCGCCCCGCUCCUGUCGCUGGCCCUGCAUAUGCUAGUAGCGAUCGGUAUCCAGCUGGGUGGCUGGUACCACGUACAUGCGCAACCCUGGUUCGAGCCGUUCAACUACACUACCGAUCGGGAUCUGAACGAUCACGGAUGUUACGAAAACUACACGAUAUUUUCGAUCUCGUGCUACCAGUACUUGAUCCUUGCGGUUGUCUUCUCCAAAGGGGCACCCUACCGAAGGUCCCUUUUCUCCAACUACGGCUUCAUCAUCAGUAUCGUCAUUAACACGGCGCUCGCUAUCAUGCUGACGCUCUACCCGCCGCAUUGGCUGAUGGAGCAGUUCGAACUAGUGAUGCCCCCGGAGGGAGAGUUUCACUUCCGUCUGUACCUGGUGGCGUACGGGUUCGUCAACUUCCUGCUGUCGCUGUUCAUCGAGAAGGUGAUCGUAGACGAAAUUGCUUUCAAGCGGUUGCGCUACCGCUGGCACAACAUCGCCAAAUCGCGGCGCAAGUACUUAAUGAUACAGCAGCGGUUCCAGCAGGAGAUCCAGUCGCCGAAUGAUCUGAAAACGGUGUACGGGUGGUCGAACGAAAAGUACGAUUACUGACGCCACCUUACGUGGAUGGGAGUGGUAGCGGCCAGGUGGAUGCUGCCGACUGUGCAGGCAACGAUCGUUUGCCACUGGAAAGAAGCUGGUUACUACAACCGAGAGGCCAAGCUUCGGUAGCAUUCUUUCUGCCGUGGCCGUUUAGUUCGGCUUGGAUCUUUUGUUUCCUUCCUUUCGCCAUCAAUUCGCAGCAGGUGCCUAUGUUACGAAACGGUGCGCAUAUUGUUCUAAUCGGCUUCUAGUGUCCAUUAUUAUGACAGACAAUAAUGAUGCGAAUGUGACGACCGGCCCAUCAAGACUACACACCUCAUCGUCCUUAAAGAUAGACAAAAAUGUUAAGAAAAGAAUGAUAUUUGCGUAUUUUUGCAACCCGGGGGUUAUUCCCCAAAUUGAGCUCCUGCUCUCCUGGACUUAAGGAUGAUGAAAAGUGGUCUAGAGAAAAGAGGCCUCCACUCGCCUGCCCGGGGCCUCUAUCGACAAACCUCUCCACUACUAAGAACAGUUACGGAAUGCUGUGCUAAAGAAAAAAACCUGUGUGUGAGCGGGAAACGGCCAUAGUAAUUAUGUUAUUUCCGUUUUGUUUUUCUUAGGUUCUCUCGUGUAAAUAGUAACCGUGUUUUGUGUGUAUCCACAAUGUAUCACCCUGCACAACAUAACUGAACACUAAUAGAUAGGGUCAAAAUGAUACAAUCUUAUGAUUCCUGCGGAUCGCUUCCAACAUAGCACAUAGGUCUUUGGACAGCAUUGUUUAGUUGAAAAAUGGUUAAAAGUCAAAAUCAAGGAUCCACAAACAAAAUGCAAACUGAUCGACGAA